AUGACUUAUUCCCCUGCCCCAAAGAGCCACACAGUGUCCAGAGACAGUGAUCUACAUGUAGAUUCCCCGGCACCAUUGGUUUCUGUUAAAGAAACUGGAUUUCUCAAGACAUCAGGACUCCCUUCUACCUCUGAGCCUAAAGAAUCACAGACCUUGUCCUUACAGCCUAAGUCCUCCCAGGCUUUGGUAGCCAAGGGCAGUCCCACCAAGUAUUCCAAGCCGCAAAGACCAAGGUUGUCUAAGGCCGAGAAGUCCCAGUCAGUGGUGCCCAAACCUGUAGUGGUCCAGUCAGUAGUGUCCGAGCCAGUGGUGCCCUUGCCUUUAGUGUCCGAGCCAGUGGUGUCCUUGCCUUUAGUGUCCGAGCCAGUGGUGCCCUUGCCUUUAGUGGCCGAGCCAGUGGUGUCCUUGCCUUUAGUGGCCGAGCCAGUGGUGUCCAUGCCUGUGGUUACUGAGCCUGUAAUAUCUGUGUCUUCAACUCCACCAGAGACCAAGAAGACGACAUUUACCCCAUUUUUUAAACCAGCUGUACAAGACUAUCCUAUCAUUGACAGCUGGAAGGGAAGUCUACCACCAGAGGAUAUUCCUUGGAUAUCCAAGGCUUUGUUCUCGUUCAAUGCCAAGGGUAAAGCUGAGCUGGAUGAUAGGAAGAUAGACCGUCUAUGGUACGAGCCACCUCAACCCCCACUUGUGCCAAAUCAAAAGCCUAAGCCAGAGAGGUACUUUGGUCACCGCCUCCUGAUGUGGAUGCCUCUGCGGAUGUUUAAGAGGCUGUCCAUCGAAAAACCAGGAAACAGCCCAACUCAACUACAGAAGCAGAUAACUGAGCUGCACAACACAGUCUGGGCCUCAAAGAUGGAUUCUACCAAGAAAGUAAGAAUCCAUGCUUUUUUCAACUUGCAAGUGACUAAGAAACUGGCUGGUCAGGCAGCACGAACCACAUCAUGGGCAGCAAACAUCAGUAACGAGUUUGGUCAGGUCCUCCAAAGUGUGCUGACUUCUGGGGAGGGAGUUGGUUUGGAGCCAAUGGUUGCUGGCAUUGUAAGGAGGUAUCGGGAAGCAGAAGUACCACCUCCGGUCCUACUUUAUGUUGACAGUCACUGCUGCGGAGCCUCCAAGCUGAUGGACAUCUUCAGGGAUGCCUGGCCAGACCUCGCCCUUCGUCUUGAUGUGUGGCAUUUCAUGCGCCGUUUGGCUGUGGGGGUAACAACUGACACUCAUCGCCUGUAUGGAACUUUCAUGGGCCAGUUGUCCCAUGCCAUCUUCAAGUGGGAUAAGGAUGACCUUUCCUUACUGAAGGCAGCCAAGCGCGAGGAGAUGAUUGCUAACAAUAUCAGCGAUCCAACUGAAACAGACAUCAUAAACAGACUGACAAGAAACGAGAUGGCCUCUCACUGUCGUCGAACCACAAGAGGAACAGAGGAGACCAUUGCCAUGAUCCAGAUGCUCCUAGAGAUGUUUGAUAGUGAACAAGGCCGAGAUACCAUGGGCGUACCACUGUUCCACCACGAGCGUAUCUGGGAGAUCUGGAGAGUGCAGAAAAAUCAUGUCGUCUGUCUCCAAGACCCCGACGGAGUUCAGCUGUACAUGCAAACAGGGACCUUAAAGAAGGGCAACAUUACCCUCCCUGUAUUUCGCUGUGCCAGGGGUUCAACAUCAUUGGAGUCUUUCCAUUUGCACCUACAGCACUUCAUUCCAGGUACCAGUGCUAGUGCCAACAAUUUCCAGGUGUAUCUUCUGGAAGGCCUCCAACGCUGGAAUGAAGAUAGGACGGCGGCUGCAAUUGGUGCAGAUCCGGACCCUGUCUGCUACUCUGCCUCCCUUAAACACACCCUCAACAAUCUGGGACAAGCCAUGUUAGGAAGAAAGUUCUUUCCUAACUAUGUAGACCCCAGAAAGUACACUGGAGAGCUUAUUGGUAUCGACUACCUAUUCAGCCAGACAGGUAGAUCCCUGGAGGAAGUGGUAGUGGACAGGGGUGCCGAUGAUGAAACAGCAGCAGAUGAGACGUCAGACACAUUAGACGAGGGUUUUGAUGAGGAAGAGGAAUUUGAGGAUCUUACUGUCAGUAUGGUAGAUUCAUUUCUACCUACUCAACAAAGUAGAUCUUCAGAUACCCCUUCUUCACAAACCAGUCCGCCUGUAAUAAAGACCUCCUCUGAUGCUGGAUCAUCUCAACUAGAUGAGGCUGUUGGACCAGACAAUGUUGGUGGCUACCAGCAUGUGGUGGCACUGGUGGAGUAUCUCUACAGACUCAGAGAGAAGCAGCCACCAGUUGUCACCAAUGCUGAGGCUGAGACCAUAAUUAGCCUGUGGAACAACUUGACACCUUUCGACCAGGCCCCCUCUAAAUUUAGGGACAACUUUAAGAAGCAGCUUAUUAAAGGCAGGUUUAAAGCCCCGAAAUCUACAAGAAUAGAUGUUGUGCCGGGGGUACAAAGUGUCAAGAGAUGUGCACUGGCUCCCCAUCUAGGACCUGCAGCCUGGCCAGACACCAACAGAUACCAGGAGGCCUUCAUAUCCCGACUCUGUUUGGCCUUUCCAUCAUCAACCUCCAAGGAUGGUAAGCGGCAACCUCGCUGGAAGGCUGUAAUCGAUGCCUACAACAGAGUUCGGGAUAUGAUAUUCAGCAAUGGAAAAAUCAUGGCAGAAACCAACAUACAGCUGCCAGUUCAGUGCAAGAGGCUAGAAAAGGAAACUCUGGAGCAGGGCCUCAAAAUUCAAGGAGCACCAUCUGUUGCAGCCCAGAGUUUACCUUCCCCGCUGCAGAAACCAGACGCCCUUUCAGCUGGUACCACUGAGCCUCAUGGCUUCACGUUGAUGGAGAGCACUGUGGGAAAGAGUAAGAAAGGAAGACGCCGCAUCUUUCCGGUACAGGCUAACAUCUUACCUGUCACAGAACCAGUGCCGUAUUUGCCACCAUUACCAGCGUCUAUGAUUACCGGAAAUACACCUCCCUCCUUUUCGCCUGAACUUCCUUAUUCCACCAUACACUACCACAAAAAGAAGUUUCAGGCAGCUCAAGCUGGGGAAUUCAAGCGCCAAUACACCAGGCGGGCCACAGUUACAUCAUGUGGGAAAUGUGGGGAGGAUAAGAGUGAAGGAGGACACCAGCAGUACUAUGGUAACAUCUACUGCCCAAACAAAGCUGGUGUGCCAUGCGAGGAAUGGAGGGAAGCUUUAAAAACUAGGGGGUAUGGAAAAAGAAAAGGAAAAACUGAUCAGCAAGAGCCAUCUCAGAAAAAAACAAAAGACCAUUAA